UGACGUACGAGCAGCUGAAACGGAACAUUAUCUUUGACUGUUCGUGUGAGAAGAGCGAAUCUAACGACAAAGAAAUGGCAGAAGUUGCUCCAGCCCCAGCUGCAGCCGCCCCGGCUAAGGCUCCCAAGAAGAAAGCCGCAAGCAAGCCCAAGAAAGCGGGGCCGAGCGUUGGAGAGUUGAUCGUGAAGGCAGUUUCUGCUUCUAAGGAGAGAAACGGAGUCUCUCUGGCUGCCUUGAAGAAGGCUCUGGUCGCCGGUGGCUACGACGUAGAGAAGAACAACUCCCGUGUAAAGAUUGCAGUCAGGAGUCUGGUGACCAAGGGUACCUUGCUUCAGACUAAAGGAACCGGUGCCUCUGGCUCAUUUAAACUCAACAAAACCCAGCCUGCUGCGAAGAAGCCCGCCAAGAAAGCGGCUCCUAAAGCUAAGAAGCCAGCUGUGGCCAAGAAGGCAGUAGCGAAGAAGCCUGCGGCCAAAAAGUCGCCAAAGAAGAAGCCCGCUGCAGCUAAGGUGAAGAAGAGCCCUAAGAAAGCCAAGAAGCCGAAAGCAGUGGCUAAAAAGCCGGCUAAGAGUCCGAAAAAAACCAAGAAGCCGGCAGCCGCAGCAAAGAAGGCGACCAAGAGUCCUAAGAAGGCAAAAGCGGUGAAGCCAAAAGUUGCCAAACCCAAGAGCGUCAAAGCCAAGAAAGCGGCUCCCAAGAAGAAGUGAGCGCGUAUACUGUAAGCUAAUUUCAUAAGCAUCAAAGGCUCUUUUAAGAGCCACCCACAACUUCUUGAAAGUGCAAGUUCUUUCCAUUUUAGGGGAACAAGGACACAAUUAUUGCAAUGGAGCCAAACACAAUCCUUCCCUGGCAAAAAUAGUCCGAAGCAAAAUGGAUGAUAGAAACCCCACUGCCCACCAAGUUCCAGAUACAUCAGCCCAUCUCAAAACAAAUGUAAUCUGAAGGCCUAUCUGUGCCAUCCACAUCACACUUUUUAGAGCUGCAUAUUUUUGCAUUUGUUUUCAAUCUAUGAAUGUUUUCAAUGUUUUAUUUUCUUACAUUUCACAUGUAUCUAAUUUGAUUUCAUAUUACUACAAACACUCAAAAACGUUUAAUGUGAUUUUUGUUUUAUAUUUUUAUCCAAAUUUACAUCAUUUUGUAUUUGUUCUUUUAGGUAUUUGCUUUAUUUUACGUGCUUUUAACCAAAGAUAAUUAAAGUUUGUUUUUAAUUAAA